UUUAUAAGGCGACGCGUCGUUUGGAGUACGGCUUUUUUAAGCUUCUGGUCUCGAUCGUGUCUCAUCUAUCGUGCCUUCCUCAACAACAUUUGUACAUCGGUUAUAGUUGCUCGAGUGGUCAUACGGUGAUUAUUUUUUUCAAGUGAUGCUGGAUUAAAAGUUGGACGUGAAAAAUGUACAGCUCAACGAUCACGAUGCAAUACGAGGAAGCCGCGAAUAAUAGAGGUGAAAAGCAGCAGCAUCGAUUCGAGGACCAUCAGCCGCUGAAGAAAGCCGAGGUGGCCGCUUUGGAGAAGCUGCGCGAGCACGAGCAGCCACUGAUAUGGUUCAAUAUAUUCGGCAUCGCUCUGCUGCACGCCGUGGCUUUUUACGGACUCUUCACCAGAUACAAUCAGGGCAAAUGGCAAACUUGGAUCUAUGAGAUCGCUCACAUUUUCAUCUCGGGCGUGGGAGUGACUGCGGGCGCCCAUCGUCUCUGGGCUCAUCGAAGCUAUUCCGCCAAAUUGCCACUCAGAAUACUCUUGGCCACGUUCUAUUGUAUGGUCGGUCAGACGCACAUGUUCAAGUGGAUUCGCGAUCACCGAACUCAUCACAAGUUCACCGAGACCAAGGCUGAUCCGCACGACGCCGAUCGCGGCUUCUUCUUCUCGCACGUCGGCUGGCUCAUGAUGAAGCGCCACCCGGCCGUUAUCGAGUACGGCAAGAAGAUCGACAUGAGCGACGUGGCCAACGAUCCGGUCAUUCAGUUUUUCGACAAAUACUACGAGAUCAACAUGUCGCUGCUGUGCUUCAUACUUCCGACUCUGAUUCCCGUCUACUUUUGGAACGAGCGCUUUGACAUCGCCUUUUUCGCCACCCUGCUGCGCUACGUGUUCAUGCUCAACGCGACGUUCAGCGUCAACAGUUUUGCUCACAUGCUUGGCAACAAACCUUACACCAAGGAUGUGCGAGCGGUCGAGAACGGCUGGGUAUCGUUUUUCUCGCUGGGCGAGGGCUGGCACAACUACCAUCAUGCCUUUCCCUGGGAUUACAAAGCCGCCGAGUUGCCCGGCACGUUUUCGACGAAUUUCAUCGAGCUGAUGGCCCGCAUCGGCUGGGCCUACGAUCUGAAAUCGCCCAGCAAGGAUCUCAUCGAGAAAAUCAGUCAAAGCAAGGGCGACGGCACGAGGUCGAAGGCUGAAAAAAGCGAUUAAACGCGCGCGAGCAGCCGCGAAUCGAGAUGUAAAGCGUAUUUGUAGCUCAGCGCAAAGAUACGAUUGUUACCUAUAUGGCAAAUUGUUACACUAAUUUUUAAAAAUAUUUUUAGAGUAAAGCUUGUUUGUAAAUGUGAAUGAUCCGAGAAUUCGUGGUUAUUCGGUGAUCGACGUUAAUUAAAAAAAAAGUUCUUUGACGAUUCUUCGAAUUAAAAUGAUAAUGGACGUUUCAAA